AAAAUAAUUUUCAAAUUGAAUGUGCCGGGACAAAUUAAGCUUUUGUUUGUCGCUCGAAGUUUGAAUUUAGAGGGGAGUAUUCAUGCUUAUUUCUAGAGCUGGCUCAGAUGGGUCGCUACCCCGCCGAAGGAAAGGAGGCACCCAUUUGGUUUGUUUGUUACUGGGCCGCCAUAACACCACCGAGGAAGAGUGGAUGGACGACGCCUCUGUGUACAUGUGCUUCCCCUGCUACCAGGAGUUCGACUCCCUGGAGGCUGUACUGGCUCACCAACUGACCUGCAAUCCAGAGGCGGUCGAGACGGGGAUGUCAGGGCUGCAGGACGAGAACCUUGCAAAGGAGCCAGCCAGCUGUAUCCUGCUGAACCCCUGUGGUCCUGAAGGACAAGACCAACCUAGGGACUCCUCCGACCCGCAAGAGCAAAAUCCUGUUCCGGAAACCGAAUGUGUCCUCGGCUCCGAUGUGCAGAUCCGGUACCAGUGCGGAGACUGUGGCUGUCUGUUCGACUCGCUCCUCCUGUGGCAGCAGCACCGCAAGCUGGACGAGUGCCAAGGGGCUGCGGUGGCCCCCGGGCAGGACACCGAGGGAUGGCAUGGGGUGGGGGAGCCAGGGGCAGCUGAGCCAGGAGAAGAGGCCCGGGUGGAGGCUGCAGUGGAAUCGUAUGCAGAGCUCCGAGACGGGGAAACGGCGGUCAGCCGGGAUCACUCUUAUCUGCAGGUGGGCAAGCCGGGGAAUCUGGGCCCGAUGAACCUAGAAGAACAGGAGGAGGUUGGACGGGUUGAGGCGCAGACUGGGCCCGAUGUCAGCUGGUCUGUUUCGGAGAUGAAGUUGACUGAUGUACAGAAUUCUCAGGAUGGCGGUGAGACCAGCAACUCGAACUCAAAGAAGCGAGGGAGCAGGAGGGGAAAAGCCAGUGCGAUCACAGUGGCCAAUCAGAGCCUGCUAUGUGUGGACUGUGGGUGUGGCUUCAGGCUGGUUCCAGAGCUGGUGGCCCACCGCAAAACACAUCAUGGCCUGGAGGGGGCGCUUCACCGCUGCAGUGUAUGUGGCGAGAGUUUCCUUAACACCACCCUAUUCCUCUACCACCGUAGGCAGCACAGAAAGAGGGAGCAUGAGGAGGAGGGUCAGGAGAGUGCUGGGGUAGAACUGGUAAAGGAGGUACCUGAGCAGGAGCAGGAGGGUACUGAGGUGGGACUGGGGCAGGAGGCACCUGAGCAGGGGCAAGAGGGCACUGGGGUGGGCCUGGGGCAGGAGGUACAUGAGCAGGAGCAGGAGGGCACUGGGGUGGGACUGGGGCAGGAGGCACCUGAGCAGGGGCAAGAGGGCACUGGGGUGGGCCUGGGGCAGGAGGUACAUGAGCAGGAGCAGGAGGGCAUUGGGGUGGGACUGGGGCAGGAGGCACCUGAGCAAGGGCAAGAGGGCACUGGAGUGGGACUGGGGCAGGAGGUAGCUGAACAGGAGGCUGGACAGGGGCAGGUGGAGACUGAACAAGUACAGGUGGUGGCUGGACUGGGGCAGGACAUAACUGGGGAGGGGCAGGUGGGGGCUGAACAGGAGGCUGGACAGGGGCAGGUGGAGACUGAACAAGUACAAGUGGUGGCUGGACUGGGGCAGGACAUAACUGGACAGGGGCAGAUGGAGACUGAACAGGGGCAGGAGGGGGCUGGGCAGUGGAGCAUAAAUGCAACAGGGUGUUCUGGUUCUGCUGAUUCUCUACCAGAGAGGGGAGAUGGGUGUCAGGAAGCCAUGCAGGAGGCAGAGGAAGCCCGAAAGGUUCCAGAACCGAGCGCCUCGCUGACUGCCAAGGCCGAUAUAGAACAGCUCGGUCCAGACGUGAGUGGUCCGGCCACGACAAUGAGCCCCAGUUUCCUCUGCAUCACCUGCGGCUUGGCCGUCAGCACGGAGUCUGAGCUGGUGCAGCACCGCAAGACGCAGCACGCCCUAGGGGAGGUGCUGCACCGCUGCCCCGAGUGCGACGAGGGCUUCACCAACACCACCCUCUUCCUGUAUCACCGAAGGCAGCACCGCGGCAUCACCAAGGACGCUGCGGGGGCCCCGGGGACGGACGUCCACCAGAACCCAUCCAAAGGGGCUUCCGUAGUGCUUUUUGACGGGGUGCGGCUGCAGAAGAGGCGAAGAGAGGAUGGGGCGGAGGAGGCGGACAGGACCGGCGACGCUACAGGGAGCUCCAGCCUGCCACCGAGAGCAGAGCCGCCAUCAGAGCCAUCGGCAGGCGGCCUGGCCACGCCGGCUGAGCUGUACCGGGACUGGUCGCGUACGCCGCUGCCCCACGCCUGCCCCUACUGCGAGCUGACGUUCACGCGCCGCUGCCUGCUCCGCGCCCAUGUCUUCAGCCACACGGGCAAGAAGCUGUUCAGCUGCGAGGUGUGCGGGAAGGCCUUCUCCUGCCCCAGCAACCUGAUGCGGCACAGCCGCACCCACUUGGGCACCAGGCCCCACUGCUGCCAGGUCUGUGGAAAGUCCUUCUCACAUUCCAGCACGCUCAAGCGGCACCAGGCCGCCCACGGCCAGCCGGACGGCAGCACCCAGCGUCCCCACGCCUGCCCCGACUGCCCAUCCAGCUUCCAGACGCGCUCGCAGCUUCAGAGGCACAGGCUCCAGCAUGCUGGUAACCAGUUUACCUGCUCAACCUGUGGCCAGUCGUUCAGGCGUAAAAAACACCUGGAUUUGCACUCGCUCACACACCAAGAAAAGGAGCCCAAGACGUGCCCACACUGUUCCGCCCAGUUCCUGAGCCAGGCUGUGCUCAAUGUGCACUUACGCCGCUGCUCCGGGGAGGACGACCGGGCGCGGGGCCGAGGCAGGGGCCAGGGCCGGGGCAGGAGCGUGGGCCAGAUGGAGUGUGACAUGUGCGGUCACUGCUGCGUCACCCAGGAGGGCCUGGAUCUGCACCGGCUGUCGCACACGGGCCAGACUCCCCUGCGCUGCCCGCUCAGCCCCUGCCGCCGGCGCUUCGCCACCAGCGCCGCCCUGGAGGAACACGUGCUGGCCCACUGCCGCCGGCUGGCCUUCAAGGGCUCCGACGCCACCCCCAGGCCUUUCCGCUGCGAGCACUGUGGGAAGGGCUUUGCCUACGCCUCCACGUUCCGGCUGCACAUGCGCACCCACACUGGCGAGAGACCCUACGAGUGCUCCCAGUGCGGGAAGCGCUUCCGCCAGCUGCCCCACCUGCAGGACCACGAGCGGAUCCACAGCGGCGAGCGGCCGUUUGUCUGCUGGCUGUGCGGGAAGAGCUUCUCGGUGGCGGCGCGGCUGACGGAGCACGCGCGCACCCACAGCGGCGAGAAGCCGUACACCUGCAGCCGCUGCCCACGCACCUUCCGCUCGCGCUCCAACCUGGACAAGCACAGCAAAGUGCACGGAGACGCGCCCGCCACCAAGGGCACCGCCGGCCAGGGUGAAGGCGAGGCCGCUGUCCGCACCAUCGUGCUGCUGCAGACCUCCACUCCCGUCACCUCUGCCCAGAACCAGCCGCAGGCCGAGGUCUCGUUCCCGGGGACGACAUCCUCUGUGGUCCUCCUGCACCCCUCCGUGUCUGUAGUGGAUGGACAGGACAUCCAGCAUGCCAUUGAGUUCAUCAUAGAGUAGAUUCAAGGACCUGGGGAGUUCGGGGGUGAGGUUUGUGGAUGGGUGUCCUACAGCUGGGUAAUGUGUGUCUGGAUGUACAGGGCUUGUAAUUUUUAAUAAAAUGGUUCCCAUUUCA